AUGAGGGCCGAGGCGCUGGGAGAGGCGAAAUUCGUCAUGAGCGCAGGAGAUGGAAGCGGCUCCGUGGACGCAGUGCAGCUGUCGAUUCCUGUGAUGGGACAACAGGAGGCCGUCGCCAUCGCGAAGUCUUUCGCAAUCCGGGCCGCCCCCAACGGGACGUCAAACGCUACCGUGGGGCUCGACCUGCCGGCUGCGGUUCCGGGCACUGGUGGCGUGGAACUGCAGGCGGGCGUGGGGAGGCUGCCGGCGGUGCUGUCCGCGGCGCGGGAGAUCAUGGAGAGUGGCGUCAACCACACCUGCCCCAUCGACGGCGACCUGGAACUUGCGCACGCCGGCGUGCCGGCCGUCCUUCAGAGCUACGGCCUCUUCACCACCGCCCAAGGCGACCAGCAGUCGAAGGGCACCGCGCGGGCCCUGCUGGCGUCUUCCGGGGCCAACUUCUCUCUGGCCCUGCAGAACCUGGCGGUCGGAAACUUGACUGAUGCGAAGCUCGGCCUGCGAUGGCGGCUUGGGUGCCGUAAGGAGAGGCAGCUGCUGGCGCGGCCCGCGUCCUCGAGCGUCCACCUGAAUGCCUACGGCGUGUGGCUGGUGGAGACAUUGGGGGACCGCCUGGAGUCAACAGAUAGGAAGGUUUUGGUGGAAGGCGCUGAAGCCCUCAAGAAUUUGUCGUCAGGCAUUUGGCGCCCCGCGCUGGAGGCUCAGUUGCUGAGGGAAGCAAGGAGCACACGCCAGAACUCAGGCCGUCCAAUUCAAUCUUCAACUGUCGCUCUGGCGAGGCUGGCCCUCGGCAUCGACUGGUCCCCCCCAGAGGACACCCCCGCUACGAUAUCCGAAGACCUCUCCGUCGCGCGCCUGGAGGCGGAGUUCGGCGAAUUGAGCACCGACGCCAUGGCGCAGAUGGCGCUGGCGCAGCUCCGGUCUGGGAACGCAACGGCGAGGGAGGCCGCCCUGGAGGCCGUCAAGGUCUUCACGUCGCGGCUCAGGACGGGAGGGCGCACGGCUUACGUGGCGGCCUGCGACGGAUGCGCCGAGCCAGCGAGUUUGAUGGGCAACGCCCUGGCGCUCCUGUCGAUGACACGCGCCGGGAAGUCCGCGGGGCCGCUAAGGGAAAAGCUUGCCAAUUACGUGGCCAGCCCACCCGCCGGCCAAUUCGCCUUCUUCCCCAACUACAUCGAAAAGCUGGUCGGCAUGGUUGCUUUGGCCGAAUACGACCUGGACAGGGGAUCGGCAGACCCAGAACUUGAGCUGAUGGUCAGAAGCGGAAAUCUGACACUUCUGCAGGCCAAUUUCACGUCCCCCCAAUCCCCCACCAUCUCCGCCGCCACUCCUUGGUCCGCCCUGGGCUCCACGCCGGCGCCCCUGGAAUUUUCCGCGCAGGGUCAGGGAGAGGUCACCGUCGCCGCGCUACUCAACUUCGUGCCUUUGGAGCCGCUUCGGUUCCCGACGUUCAGGGGCAUCCAGGUGGAGGCGGUGGUUCAGAUGGCCGGCCCGUCUGCCGAAGAAGGGGGCCCCGUGGGCCCACCACUGGAGGUGGCCCCCCUGGGGACCGUGGUGGUCGUCACGGUGCAGAUCACUACUCCAGACGCGCUGGACGCAACCACAGUGCGAGUAUUGAUGCCUGGCGGCCUAGAGCCUGUGGAUCCAAACGUUGAGGGUGACCGAUCGGCAGCCUGCGCCACUCCUCUCGACACGUUCCUAAGCCUUGCGACGUUUCCGUUCGAGAAUUGCCCAGAACAGGAGACUCUCCCCGACGCCGUCACUUUCCGUUACGAUUCCUUGAGGCCCGGCAUCCACAGAGCGCAGUUCCGCGCCGUUGCUGCCAGCCCCGGCAACUUCUCCCUGCCCUCCGCCGGCGCCUUUGUCAACUCCCAACCGGAGGUCAUGGGCCUCAGCGCGUCCGGCAGGUUUGAAGUUUGCGGUGGAGGGGAGGGCUGCAACGCCAGAAACAGGUCACCGGCGCCGCCCGCCAAAACGUGCCCCAGGGACUGCAGUGGCAACGGCCUGUGCAAUUUGGAGUCGGGGGAGUGCCUGUGCUUCGAGGGCUUCGAAGGGAACGACUGCAGCAAUUUCGCCGACGUGUAA